CUCUUACUAUACAAUAGAACAAUUUCGCGGGUUUUCAAAUCCUGAAUAUGUUUACGCUUUUCCCUUCUGUAUUACUAUGUGUUACUUUCCUACCAUUAUAUCGAACAAUAACGUUUUUUGCGCUGCCAUCAAAUGUCACCCUGUCCGGAUCUUAUCUCAAAUUAUCUUGUUCCUCUGAAAACCAAAUAUUUCCAAUUAUUUGGAGUCAUAACGGCAUUGAUAUAGCAGAAAACUGCCGAUUUUAUAUAGAAAAUCAUCGUUAUAUAUGCAAUAGACUUAACGAUGUAUAUGAAAUUUACAUACCGAACGUUAAAUUCGAGGACAGGGGUAACUGGUCUUGUGCUCACGGGCCAAAAUCCCAAAAAGCUAUUAAUAUUGAUGUCUUGGUAAAAGCAGAUGUUUAUCCACCGAAACUGUUGACACUUCCAACUGUAAAUCAAAAUCCUACAAUCAUUAAUAAAGUUGAUACAACCCAAUUACAAGAAAAAUCUAUGAUUGGACAUAUUUAUGGUCUAGGUACUUUAAAUAAUCCAAUUGAUUUAAUCAAUAAAAAAGCAUACACAGAAAAUGGAAUUUUUAUUGAAUGUACAACAUCUUGUGCAACAUCAGUUAAAGGUAUUUAUUGGAAGGCAAAGAAUUCAACAUGGACUCAUAGUUUACAUGUGCAAUCAGGCAUCAACAAUGACGAUGAUGACGAUUAUGUCGAUGACAGUUUAUACAAUCGAAUUCACAGAUUAUCCUAUAAAUCAGAAUAUACUAAUCCUAUUUGUGAGGCUGGUUUAAAAUCAGUUAAAAGUCGCAUACAAAUUAAAUGUGCAUCUGGACAAAGUCAAACACCAUCUAAACUUUUAUCACAUACAUUAGUUGGAUUAAAUAAAAUCACUUGUUUUCCAUAUUAUGAUAAAGAAAUGGAAAAUAAAUUGUCUAAAUUAACACGUUACAAUGAAGAACAUAAAGGAGUUAGUUCACAAUUCAUAGUACAUAAUAAAAAUAAUCCACCUGAUAUAACUCAGUCUGAUUGUUUUAUUGAUGAUGGUAAUGGUCAUUCACAAGCAGCUGCUUGUAUUUAUGUUUUGUGUCCUGGUAAGUGUUUUUGUCGGUCACUGUCUGUUUGUCUAUCUUUUGCAUGCAUACAGCAUACAAUUCUCUUUGAACCUAGCACAUAACAACAGCAUAAUGCACUAUCCUAUCGCCCUUGGCAGAUUAGGCAACCCAAAAGUUACGAGAACACAUUCAGGGCAUAUGACAGGCUAGGCACCCCAUAUAUACAAGAAUAAUAAAGUAUUUUUCCGUGAAAAUAUACUAUCAAUAGUAAAUGGUGUUGAAAUACCUGAGGAUUAAUUUAAUUAUGAUCAGAUAACACAUGAGAGUUGUUACAUUUACAUAUUAUCGAGUCAUUUAGAUCAAAUAACAAAGUUAUAGUUCAGUUACUUCCUAUGAAACAUGAUCUAUCAGUGAAACUAGAAUUUAGUUAAAAACGUAUCGCGUAGACUAGCUGAAUUUGUAAGUUGUGUUCGUUACAGAUUGGUCUCCUUUGAAACAGAUACAAAUCAAACCAAUCUCCACAACACAUAUUCAAUCAGACUAUAGGAGUCAGCUUAUUGAUCACUUUUCUGAAGUUCUAGUAAUAAAUUUUGACUGGCUGAAGUCAUUUUCGAAGAAAUCAGCUGUAGUAGUUCUAGUGUUAAGCAUUCAUCACGAAGUGUUGAAAUUCUAGGUUUGAUCCCUGGUUGAGAUGUACGUGAGCACUGUUGGUGUUACGUCCUUGAUCUGUCUACCCACUAAUCUAGAUUAAGACUUUGGCAAGAUGGAUGUCUAGUUUAACAUUGAGGCUAGUGUGCGUAAGUUCGAAGUAAGACUAACUACUUGUGGUAGAGAGACGAAAAACUAAUUGACUCACAAGCGCGCGGCUCACAAGACAUGUUGGAACACCACUCGAUUUAUUCCCAAUUUUGAUUCACACUCAGGUCUGGUUCCGAUUGAGAUUAGUGUAAAAAGAUACAUGAAUAAAUAAAUGACCAACAAGAGCACAGCACACAAACAAUUAGGAAAAUACAAUUAUGUCCAAAACCAGGGAUUAGGUUAGAAAAUAGAGCACAAAAGAUUAUGUUUACAUAACAAUAACUUUGGAACAGAAAAAUCUAUGGCUGUAAAGAUUACGUCAAACAAAAGCCUAUGGUCUAUGGAAUAAACUAGGGACAAAAAUAAAUCUCAAUGUUUUAGAAGCUUAAAAUCAAAUGAAAUAACGUCCCCCAAAAUAGCUCCCAUUGAUUGACAAUGCUUCUUAUUUCUCUGUUCACAUCAGUUGGGGAGUCCCAACUAUGGUGAAACAACUGUUCCGCGCUUCUUGAUUUUCGAUGGCACCCCUACUGAGUAUAAUCUUUAAUGUAUAAAAUCGACAAAGCAGGGUUUCCUUUGAAAAUUUCUGUCGAAGCACCUCUUGGAAAAUCAAGUAGCAACUGACUAAUGGUUAUAAUAAGACCUUACUAUUGGAAAAAAAUGAAAUAAGUCUUUGUUAUGAUCCACACAAACACACAAACUAAUUACAUUUACAUUUAUUUCAUAUACCAUGAUUAUCUUCAUGAAUCUAUCAGUUUUCAUAUUACCACCGUUGUUGUUUAAACACAUAUUCUGUAUUUAAAAUGUUUGUGAAUACAUAUUUCACUUUAUCAUGAAAACGAAAAUAGUUAGAUAUCAUACGGACAUUCACUACACGUGAGUACAUACACGGAUACUUAAAUGAUCUAAUUAAAUGAGUAAUCUUAAAGUAAAUAAAUUAAAUAUGUCCAAUAUAUUUAAUGAUCGAUUUUACUUGUUCAUAAUCCAUAAAAAAAAACACUUUUAAACUUGUAUAUACAUGAACAUUAGAAAACAUGUUUAAACAAGAUUGAGUUUGUAUAUAUGCCAUUACUCAGUGUCAAGUUGUUUUUAUCAUUGAAUAAUAGAUGAAGAUUCUCUAUGCUGUUUUACUUAUCUAUGUGUAUAUGUGUGUGACCUCUAUACAUAAAGACACCUACAAACCGCACAAAUAUAUACUGCAAACAAAAAUCAGCAACAUCAUUACUUCUUGUCAUAUAACUCAACUACCAUUUAGAAUGAUGACUGAGUCAAUAAUCAUAAGGUAACAUAAUCUGUUGGCUAAAAGAAGCAUGUAGAUGACUAAAGAUAGGUAGAUGUUUAUAAGAGAAAUUGUCUUCUAAAUAUCAUUUCACCCACAAAUACACUAAAACAGGUUAAACUAGAAUUGCCAACCAGACAAAUAAGUCAGUUAUAUUAGUCUUGAUUUCCGCGAUAUUUACAUAGUUACUAAGUUAUUUAUUUGAGAAAUAUUCAUUAAUUAAAUGAACUGAGCCAUAGAAGAAAAAUGACAGGAUAAAAGGAACAUAACGUUGUGCAUAUUAUACAACAGUCUCGUGAAAACUUAUUACAAGCAGACAUCCCACUGCACAAUAGUAGUAUUUUUUUCCUUAAGAAACUCCGUUGACUUGUACAAGUCAGUGCACAAAUUUUAAUAAAAAGCCAGUACAUCUACAAGUUAUUCAGUACGUUGAUUCGGAUAAUAACUCAGAAAAAAUACCAGCGUUAUUUGGUUUAAACAAGCUGUUCUUUUUAUUUCAAAAGAUGUAAAGAACAGUUUACAGGUUUGCUUCGUUCUAGGUUUUCGUGAAUACAUUGAUUAUGGUAAAAUCUACAUGUCAGAAAAUUGUUUCUUUCAACAUUUUUAUAAGAAAUCUCAUGUACGUCCAGAAGUUUAAUCUUAUUCAACAAAAUUUAAAUCUGUUAUUGUCAGACCAUUUUUUUAAUAUACUGAAUAAAACUUUGAUUAAAAUAGGAUGGAUAACAUCAGCGGUUGUUACCCUAUAUGCUAGAUGAAUUUCAUCUAAGAGGAUACUCGUCUGAAAACAGCUAAAAUCCAAUGAUUUGUAAUCUAGAUCCUUGAUCAUUAGUGUCUGACUGAAGUAAAGGGAAUUUGUUCUAGUUAUAUAAUGUGAGGAUGUUUAAGUUAACGCUUAAGUCACGGUAAUCAGUCAGUGAAUAUACUGCAACGUUUUAAUAUUUAUUUAUUUAUUAUUGCAUGACAUGAAAGUUAAACUUUUUAAAAGAUUCCACGUGUUUAGUUGGGAGUAAGAAAAUAAUUAGAUCUAAAACUCAUCAUAUAUACCACCACAUACUUUCUACAGAGAAAACGUGGUCUGUGGAAUUAGUCGGGUUGAUGGUCAGCCAAUUACUCAUGGGUAUGAAGUUAUAUCAGAACGCUGCAACACUUAGAGCUGAAUGUAGCUGAAAAUUUAGACUAUUAGAUACGAACUCAGGAGCUGAUCAAGUUCACGGCAACAGCGAGAUUGAAAAGUCAAGUAUAUUAUUAUUUUCCAGAUCUUAGAUUUACACCGAUUGAAAGUCUUAAUCUAGGAAAAAACAAUUCAUGGCUCUUUGAUUUCUAGCGACUCUUUACCUAAGAUUAUUUUAAGAUGAAAACUAUUUUCAACUUACACUGUGUCUUUAUAAACACAAUCCAAUCGUAUAAGAACACUCGAUAUUUCGAUCGAUCUAACGUUUUAUUGCUUUCUCAUCUAAAAAUAAUGAUAAACCUUUUCAAUUACCAACAUAUUGUUUACUGUGAGUAUGAAUAAAAAAUUACGAAGUCAAGAUUAGAAUCUGGAAGGUUGGGUGGUAAUUUUGACUCAGAUUGCCAGCUGAAUUCACUGUCUCUGAAAAAAUUCAAUAUCUAUUUUUUGAAGUUAGAAUUAUAUUUUCCGGAUUUAGUCGAAACGCUACAUAGCUUAGACAUUCUUGAUAUUAUUAGGUAAGACUAAAGUAAUUCCUAGACCUAUCAGCUCUGAAAUCCACAUCUUUCAACAGUGUAAAUUUGCUUCGUGACAGUUCAGUAGUGAAGAAAUUACUAAUACUUUACUUCUUGGCUGGUAGAGAUCUACUUGACUGUUUCAUCUAUCAAAUCUGGAAUUCUCAAAAUUAUUUUAAUUUUAAUUUACCUACUUAUAAGUAGGCAAGUGAUGAGCGUAAAAUAUACGGAGGUUCGCUCGUUUUCAUUUCUUAUGAAACAUAGCUACAAUGUAAAACAUAAACAAAAUAAUUACCAUUAUUUUAUUCCUUUUAUGGUUAGGUCAACCAGUGGCUUGGUUUACAUUUGGGGAAAAAGUCGCCCUUGUUUCAUCUGCUGCUUUAUUUCUUGUCUUAAGCAUAUUAUUUUGUUAUAUAACACGUCAACGUCGUCGGGCUAAACGAAAAGCAGAUAUGUCACCUGGACAACAACACGAAAUUGAACUGAUGUUGUGAAAUUAAGUUCGCAGAUAUUCCUGAGUCUUCCAUUUUCUAUUUUCAUUGAAACCGAAUUACCAUAAACCCUAUCUGUUUUCACUGAAUGGAGCUAGAUAUUGAUUGAGAUCAUAACGAAUGUCUCUUUAUAAAUGUGUACUUCAGUGUAAACUUAUCUUAAUACAUUGUAUCAAUUAAUCUUUUUAAAUUAUUUCAUCUACCUUCAUCUCAUAUUUUUUACAGAAACAAAUCCUACUGUACAGUUAAUAAUUAUUUUGUAUAAUUUGUAUCAUAUUUCUUUUUUUAUGUAUCCUUUUUGUUAUUAUUCUGUGUUUUAGUAUUGUUUAGAUGUGUACGUAUAUUAUGGAGAUAUAUACAUUACACAUGUAUCAACGGU